UUUCCCUUCUGACCUAUAGUCAAUGUUUAAUGGCCAAUGUGGCUGCCACCUCAUCGCGGUGCUGUAAUGUUGUGCGAACGCGGAGCUUUUCGUUGGUGACACGAAGAAAGUCUUUUUUACUGGCCGGUCGCCGAUAACAACGAACGAAAUGGUCCAGGCUCACGUGAAAGCCUUCCUGGCGAUUCUCCUGGUCGCCCAGGUUCACGGGAUCAUGUUUUACGUAGAGCCGAACGGUCAUAAGUGUCUGAAGGAGGAGGUCCACGCGAAUGUACUUGUCACUGGCGAGUACGAGGUAUCCGAGGCGAUGGGUCAGAAGAUGAAUUAUGUGAUUCAAGACUCCAAAGGACAUAUAUUGUCGCAAAAGGAGGACAUUCCCCAUGGAAAGAUGUUGAAGUUCUCCUUUGUAACAGAAACUUAUGAUACUUUUGAGAUAUGUUUCAUUUCACGCGUUCCGAGUCAUCAGCGCGGUAUCAGGCAAGAAGUUACACUGAUUACGAAACGUGGCAUUGAAGCAAAGAGUUAUGAAGGCUUGAUCGGUGAAGCAGCCAAAUUAAAACCAGUAGAAGUGGAAUUGAAACGAUUGGAAGAUUUAUCUGAGGCGAUAGUGCAAGAUUUUGCCAGAAUGCGCAAGAACGAGGAAGAAAUGAGAGACACAAAUGAGGCUACGAAUGCUCGAGUAUUAUACUUUAGUUUAUUCUCGAUAUGCGUUCUCUUCGGUUUGUCCACCUGGCAGCUUUUCUAUUUCCGACGCUUUUUCAGGAUGAAGAAACUCAUUGAAUAAGUGCAUUUGUAAAUAAUACAAAUGUAAAAAAUACAUUUAUUUUUUGAGGUUUUCAUCUUUGUUAUCUGUAAUUCGUAUUUGAAUCAUAAAACACUUUUUACAUUCAUCACAACAAAAAAUACUUUAGAAUUCAAAAAAUACUUUAGAGACAAUUUAAAUAUUUAAAUAUGCAAAACGUUACAAUCAUAUUACCUCAUUCGAAUCAAUGUAAAAUAUAGUGAAAUCUCAUCUCGCCACACAUUGCGCAUACGAGAACACAAUUAUUUAAGGGAUUGUAAGAUAGAAAAUUUCUUAAAUAAACGUACCUCAAUGGUGAUAAAAUGGA